AUGUCAGAAACUGAGCUGGAAAACAUAAAAGUAAGAGCAGCUGAGCAUUUUGAAAAGGACAAAAAUAACAUUUCUUGGUUGAAGGAAGGAUUUCCCAGUUCAAUUCAAAACCCCCUGGGCGACCCUGAUAUGCAACUCACAAGUGAAAAACAUGCAGAAGAGAAACCCAUUAAUGCUAUCGUUAUAAAUUCAGGAUCUGAAUUCAACAUCACAGAUGGGCCAGCCAAGGAAACUUCCACUGAGAAAAAACUGUCAGAAUCCACCACAUCACUGUCCUCCCUUGAAGAAUGUCAAACGAAAUUUUCUUACCUCCAAACCGAUGCUUCAGCUCAUCAGAGAGACACUGAUGAGGAGUGUGCCUCCCUCAUCCUCACCUGCCUCUUUUGCCAGUUUUGGGAUUGUCUCCUGAUGCUCCCAGACACGUGUGAGACGGUGUGCACCAACGCGUGCUGCCCCUCCUACCGGUACCACCACACCUCGGACGAAAGCCACUCCUGGAAUGACUGCAACUGCAACUGUGACAUGGACUGCAGCCUGUUUGAAUCUUGUCACGAGACCGGCGAGUGUCUGGAGCUGGCCAUGGAGAUUUCAGAGAUCUGUUACCGCUAG